AUGCCUCUCUCUUUCAGCGACACCCUCCCUUUACCCAACUCUUCGGUCCGCAUUCCCCGCCUUGGAUUUGGAGUCUAUCGAUCCCCAGAGUCUGUGUGCGUACAAUCAUGUCUUUGCGCCCUGCAAGCCGGGUAUCGACACAUUGAUACGGCGCAGUUCUAUCACAACGAAUCUCAGGUUGGGGAGGCGCUGCGCAAGUCCGGGCUUCGGCGCUCGGAGGUUUUCAUCACCACCAAGAUCCUUUCUUCAGGAGGAAGUGUUGAAAAAUCAUACAAAAAGUGUCUCGAGAGCGUGGAGAAGAUCGACCCGGGCCACGAUGGCUACGUGGAUUUGUUCUUGAUACACAGCCCCAACGCGGGAAGCGACAAGAGAAAGGAAAUGUGGCAGGCGCUGGAAAAGCUGUUUGAGAAGGGCAAGACCAAGAGUAUCGGUGUGAGCAACUUCGGAGUUGGUCAUAUCGAGGAGAUGAAGCAGUAUGCAAAGGUCUGGCCGCCACACGUUGAUCAGAUCGAGUUGCAUCCGUGGUGCCAACAACGAACCAUCACGGAAUAUUGCCAGAAACACGGCAUUGUCGUCGAAGCUUACUCGCCGCUCGUCCGGAAUUACAAAGCCAACGACAAUACACUGGUCUCCUUGGCCAAGGAAUACAACAAGACGACGCCACAGAUCCUCAUCAGAUACUGCCUGCAGAAGAACUGGGUUCCCCUGCCGAAAAGUGACAAUCCCGACAGGAUCAAGCAGAACGCCGACGUCUACGACUUUGAACUUUCUCCCAGUGCCAUGGAGGCGUUGGAUGCACUGGACCAAGGGGAUGCUGGGGCAAUUGUUCAAGCCGUGCGCAACGGAUAG